AUGGAGCGCGCACCCAGCGCCCCAAGUCCUCCUCCCAAAGCGGCCCAGCACGAACCCAUCAGCUUCGGUAUCGACCAGAUACUCAGUAGCAGUGCUGACUCAGAGACCGGCCGGACCAGCAGCAGAUACGGUUCGGAUACAAGCAGUGGAGACGGUUACCGUUUGGGAAGCCCAACUGGAGGGAACGCUGCCUCCUACACUGCGCUGUCCAUCUCCCUCUCCGGCAUGGUACCACAGUUAGAGGAUCCUGGUUUGUACGGAGUGAACUGUAGCCUGGGCAGCAGAGGAGUGAUCCGGGUGCCUGCUCACAGACCGUUGACUACAUCGGGGCCGCCGCACUUGAUGAGCGCUGUACCCGGGUAUGGAGGCCUGUGUUACCCGUGGGUCGGAAAUAGGUUCGCCAAGGAAAGGUUAUCAGCUCUCGUGCCAUUCACGGUGACCCGGCGAAUAGGUCAUCCAUACCAGAACCGCACGCCGCCCAAACGGAAAAAGCCUCGGACAUCGUUCUCCCGUGUGCAGAUUUGUGAAUUGGAGAAGCGCUUCCACCGGCAGAAGUACCUCGCGAGCGCCGAGCGGGCCACCCUUGCCAAGAGCCUGAAGAUGACGGACGCGCAAGUCAAGACCUGGUUCCAGAACCGACGGACCAAAUGGAGGAGACAGACAGCGGAGGAAAGGGAGGCUGAGCGUCAACAGGCCAACCGGCUGAUCCUGCAACUGCAGGCCGACGCCCUCCACAAGUCCCUCGGCGAAUCAGCAGGCUCCGACCCACUGUGCUCACAUAACUCCUCCCUGUACGCCCUGCAGAACAUGCAGCCCUGGGCCGAGGAGAGGGAGUAG